AUGGCUUCAUUAAACAAAUCUUUCUUGUUAGCCUUGUUCAUGUUGGGAGUCUGGGCUUCUCAAGCCAUGGGCCGCACUCUACAGGAAGCGUCCAUGUCCAACAGGCACGAGCGAUGGAUGGCUCAGUAUGGUCACACUUACAAGGAUGCAGCUGAGAAAGAGCUUCGUUUCAAGAUAUUCAAGGAUAAUGUGGAAUUCAUAGAAUCCUUCAACAAUGCCGGGGACCGAUCUUACAAGCUAAGUGUAAAUGAAUUUGCAGACCAAACGAACGAGGAGUUCAAGUCCACCCAUAACGGAUUUAAGCCCACUCAAACAAGAGCAUCGAGAGCCACGUCAUUCAUGUAUGAGAACGUGACUGUGCCAGCUAGUAUGGAUUGGAGAAAGAAAGGCGCUGUAACCCCAAUCAAAGACCAAGGACAAUGUGGAUGCUGCUGGGCAUUCUCAGCAGUAGCAGCCAUGGAAGGGAUUACGCAACUCAAGACAGGGAAGUUGGUUUCUCUAUCCGAGCAAGAGGUGGUGGAUUGUGAUACCAAUGGAGAGGAUCAAGGCUGUGAAGGUGGUCUUAUGGACGAUGCCUUUGAUUUCAUCCGACACAAUGGAGGACUUACAACCGAAGCCAACUACCCCUACGAGGGAAUUGAUGGCACUUGCAACUCGAAGAAGGCAGCCAACCAUGUGGCUAAGAUCAACGGUUACGAAGAUGUAACGGCCAACAGUGAGAAAGCUCUAUUGAAGGCAGUGGCCAACCAACCUGUUUCUGUCGCAAUCGACGCUAGUGGAUCUGACUUCCAGUUUUACUCGAGCGGUGUCUUUACAGGAGAUUGUGGUACCGAACUAGACCAUGGAGUGACGGCUGUGGGAUAUGGGACGACAGAUGAUGGGACCAAGUAUUGGUUAGUGAAGAAUUCAUGGGGAACUUCAUGGGGUGAAGAUGGAUACAUAAUGAUGGAAAGGGAUAUUGAUGCUGAAGAAGGAAUAUGUGGUAUUGCCAUGCAAGCUUCUUAUCCCACCGCCGCUUAAUCCUCAGUAGUUGUAUGUCUCAUGCUCGUUUAUCCUAUGCUUUGAUCACAAAAGUGUUAUGAAGAAAUGUAGAAAUGUUUAGCUUCUUUAUGUAAUUCUCAUAUAUGUAAUAGGUUACUUCCAUUAUAACUCGUGGUAUCCAAACAUCUACUUUUCUAUGGGCUCAUGACAUGAAAUCGACUGGGCUCAUCAAUGUCUAGUCAUGCCGGGAUCGACUCCAAGACUAGGAUGAAUAUUUACUUCA